UACCUGUAGCUUCUGUCGCCGCUUGGCCGAUCACAGGGAAUGCCUUUAAACACUUCAAAACACUAGUGCUGGACAACAGUUGGAGUUCUGUGUUGUUGAUGGUUUUAUUCUGGAAGAGUUACAUUAAUUACUUAUCAUUACAACUACUUAUUCUUAAACCUACCGCAGUUUCUCUUCCCUCUUAUCGUGAUGGCGCAAAUCGGUCUAAUUCCGCCAAAUUGUUUCCCUCUGUUUAUGUCCGUCAAAUUAGCAUUGCCUAGUUAGCGUCGAAGUGUGACGGUGGAAACGGAACACAGCAACGAAUUUUUUUAUUUUUAAUUAUUUUACUGUUUAGCCACUAAAUUGAUUGAAAUAAUGUUUAGAAUUGUAAAGAAUUGAAUAAUUUAUAGUUUUUUCUUACUUUGGGCGGGAUCAACAACUUUGAAAUACCAUUAAAAUACAUUUGAAAAAUUGGCCCCACACUGUUUUGGGUCCUAGCUCAGAAAUAAGAGGAGGCCCCAAAAAGCCCGAUAUUGCAGCUAAUAGGUCAAAAUAUUGAGGGUAAUUCCUGAAAGUUUCAUAAAAGUCGCUCCCUACGUUUUGGAGAAAAUCGGAUAAAAGUGGGCCAAUCUCGUUGACGGCCCAUACAAAAAUGACCACCAAAAAUUGUUUUUAAUAUUCUGAAGCUCUAAGAGGAGGCCCCCAUAUGCACGGUAGUUGAGUCGAUGUAUCACCUUUUCUAGUAUAUCUGGAGCAAAAAUCAUUCAAAUCGCUCCCUACAAUUUUGAGAAAAUCGAUUUAUAGUUCCCCAUUGAUUUUAAUUGAUAAGGGAGGCGCCAACUCGUGAACCGGAACCAGUCCACGAACAAGUUCGUUCCACUAGUUCCAAAUCUACAGACCGCAUGAAUAUGAUUAUUGAGUCCUUUACAGAGGAUGCCCCAUUAUGCACGGUAUGCCGUUGCAAAGCUAAUUUUUCAUAUAAUUUAAUAAGACUAUUUGCAUUAAAAUCGCUCCCUACAAUUUGACGCAAUUUAUCUUUAAAAAUUUCUGCAUUUUCUUAACCAAUACUGGACCUUGUUCCCAACACAAAUCGCGCCAAUGUUAAAUUUGAAUGGCCCCACAUGCUUUCUUUAUGGAGGAUGCCCCAUUUUGCACGGUAUACCAUUGUAAAGCUAAUUUUUUUCUGAAUCGAAUGAGAUUAUUUCUAUCAGAAUCGCUCCCUACGAUUCGAUGGAAUCAAGUCUUGAAAAUUUCUGAACCUAUUUUACCAAUACUGGCCCCAUAACCGGUUCACAUGUUUUGAUGCUGGCCAACAUGGCGGCAGCCAUGAUCGAAUUUGAAUUUCCCCAUUAUCUCCCCUUAUAGAGGAUGCCCCAUUUUGCACGGUAUAUCACGAGAAAGCUAAUUUUUUGCUUAAUCGAAUACCGGUCGUUCCAUUCAAAUCGCUCCCUACGAUUCGAUGGAAUCAAGUCUUAAAAUUUUCUGAACCCAAUUGAGCAAUACUGGACCCAUAACCGCAUCACAUGUUUGUGACGCUGCCCAACACGGAGCCCGCCAUGAUCGAAUUUGAAUUUCCCCAUUAACUCGCUUUAUAGAGGAUGCCCCAUUUUGCACGGUAUAUCACGAGAAAGCUAAUUUUUUGCUUAAUCGAAUACCGGUUGUUCCAUUCAAAUCGCUCCCUACGAUUCGAUGGAAUUAAGUAUUCAAAUUUGUACAUGCUUAACAGGUGCUUAACAGCACAAUGUUGUAAAAGCUCAACAGUCACAUGUGUUGGCCUAUUUUCAACACUGAAUGGGCGCCAUUCCCCAUUUCCAUUUAACAAUUGAGAAGAUGCCGGUAUUCAUAAAGAAUUGUAACGUAGCUUUAUAUGAAUAUGUGCCACGCCGUGGUCGCUGGGCCCCGGGACAGGCACGAGGACGGGCCCCGGGAGCCCCACGCGGACGGGCCCCUGGAGCGCCCCGAGGACAGGCCCCGGGAGCGCCCCGCGGACGGGCCCCGGGAGAGCAAGGAGAACGGGCCCCGGGAGCGCCGCCAGGCCAGCUCCGACGUCGGCCACGGCGGGCCCGGAACCCAGCAGCCACAGAAACAGGAGCAGCAGGUCCAGAAGCAGCCACUGAACCAGCUGCAGCAGCCACUGAACCAGCUGCAGCAAUGCAAGCAGAAGCAGCAGUGACUGCCGGUCCUGAUUCUGAAGAUUCUGAAGAUUCUGAAAAUUAAAAUUUCUUAAAAAGUGAAAAGAAAAAAUAUAAAA